AUGUUCCCUUCGUGCUAUUCAAAGCCGACGAGUUCAAAGGACCAAUUCAAAAGGACUUCUCUGACAAAGAUAUUACUAGGAGUGUUCGUCGUGUAUAUGUCACACACCUGCUGGGUGAUCUAUGGCUUCGUAUACACCAAGCCUUGUGAGAGAGGUAAAGGAGACUGCAUUUCUUCCUACCUUGCAGAAAGACCCCGUCUCCAGGUAAUUAGUGGCCUUGGUCUUACACAUACUGCAGUGAAACCCUAGAUGUAGGGUAGGUUUUUAGUACAAUUAAUCAUCUUUAGCUAUUGUAUUUGGUCAGAGAAUUCAUGCAUCACAAUUUGAUUAGUGACCAUGGUGCACAAGAAGUGUCUUUCAUGGCCCAUAAAGAUCAAUUGAAUUGAAUCUAUGAGAAGUCUCAUUUAUUUUAACAGCUCAGCAUUUUCUCCAGUUUGAGGCCUGACGACAGUGAACUCAACCUCAUCAUCCAGAUAGAUGACUUUGACAUACAUUCUAAUUUUGAAAGGUAGGCCGAAGUCCCAUUUAAAUCUGCAGUCAUGUGGCAUAGAAAUAGCAUGUCACUUUUAGUCACGUUCCCUAUAAAGAUAAGGUUAUGAUUGUAGCCCAAAUGGCACCCUUUUCCCUAUGGUCCCUGGUCAAAAGUAGUGCACUAUAUAGACAAUAUGGUGUCAUUUGGGACAGAAGCCGAUAUCUCUCACCUGUCACCAUUGCUUUUCUUGAUUCAAGGGUGGUGAAUGUAUCCCUGCCACUGGCAACACGUAACAACGGGACUCUGCACACAUUGGUUUAUGUACACAAGUUUGGAGUGUCUCCCUUGCAGGAUAACCGGCAGGUCCAUCAUGUUGCCCAGCUCAGCACCUACAUGCUGUCCAAAGGAAAUCUCAGCUCUGCUAAAAAGGUCCUCAAAGUAAGACAACAAAACAAUUCCUCUGUCUAUGUUUCAGUCUGGACUGGGAAAAUAUCAGCUUUAACUGCUCUGUUUGGUUGACCCAUUUGAUUCUCUUUCAUGGCUUGUCCUGUUCUUGCGUUUCUCAGAAACAUGCUGUCACUGCUCCUCGAGUUGUAGACAGACCCAUCUCUCACUGGAGGUCCCGUCUAACCCUAAACAUGAUGUCAGAGGACUUCACCUUCAACAGAGGGACCUUGCCAAGUGAUGUCCGGCGCUACAUGAGAGUGUAAGUCUCUCAUAUAAAAUGUUUGUAUUGUGUGAGUGUGGUGACGUCCGGCACUACAUGAGAGUGUAAGUCUCUCAUAUAAAAUGUUUGUAUUGUGUGAGUGUGUUUAUUUGGGGAGUGGGUGUGCACUAUUAGACCUAAACUUAUAGCACAGCAUCACUCACAUUAUGCAGAGCUAGCUACAGAGAUGGUGAGAAAUAUUGAUGUUUUGUAUCUCAGAUAUUUUGUCUCGUGUUUUAGAUUUCAGGAUGAGAACAGGAUGGUAUAUCUCCCAUUUUUACACAUUGAUGAACUCAGCGUCAGGGUAAAGGAUAUGAUGGUGAGAUGUUACUCUUCUUGUAAAAUAUAUUACAGUUAUAAAUACUAAUUUCAAGAACAUUAAAACAUACCUCAAAAAGAGGACUUGGAGGAUACUUGUUUUUACAAUGUGUGUUUGUAGGAGAUUAACGGCUCCACAACCAAACUACCUCUUACAAUAUCCUACGAAGGCCUAUCGCUGAGGCAAUUCCGUUUCUGGAUCCACAUGCAGGAUGUAAUGUUUUCACUGAAACAUUUUGGUUAGUUUAUUACUUUAGUCCUGAACUUUAACCCUCCUUUUAAACUACUGAGAUACUGUACGUUUGUCAACUUCUUGUAAAAUAACUUUUUUGCUUCAUUUAUUACAGGGUUCACUGAGGUGAAUAUAGAUGAAAUCAAAGGUGUUCUUGUGGACAACAACUUGUACCUGUUAGCAUUGACUACCCUGGUGACUGCAUUCCAUGUAAGUGAUUUUCUAUUAGAAUACAUUAAUUCUAUCACAAAGAUCAUGUCAUCCAUCUACACUUUUCAUUUAUGUGUCUAAUUUUUCAGUUCAUAUUUGAAUUCCUGGCCUUUAAAAAUGACAUAAGCUUUUGGAGGAAGAAGAAAAACAUGGUGGGCAUGUCUCGAAAAGCAGGUAAGAGUGAGGGAGGGGUAAAAUACAUCUUUAUAAUAAUGCAUUUCAUGUUCUUAUUUAUGCAUCUAAGUUUUCAUGCCAAUUUCCUAACUGAGUUAGGGAAGAUGAGGUGUAAGGCUUGAUAUGCGUUCCAAAUGGCACCCUAUUCCCUUUAUAGUGCACUGCAUAGGAAAUAGGGUACCAUUUGGGACAGAUCUUUGGUCUUUGUGGGGAUUUGGGUAUCAUUACCAUACAGAUAGUUAUCCAAGCAGGGCCUCUGGAUAAUCCCACCAUCCGCCCACGAACACUAAUCUACUGAUCUACUCCCAUCUACCUCAGAACUAACCCAGCUCUAUCUGUUUCUCUAUGCUGUUCUGUUCCAGUGCUGUGGAGAUGCUUUAGCACCAUAGUGAUUUUCCUGAAAAUGCUGGAGGAACGAAGCAGCUUGCUAGUUCUAAUUCCUGUUGGAAUAGGAAUCAUAAUUGAGGUAUCUGCCACGAAUCAGCAGUUUGGAAAGGAUUUAGAAUAUCAAUAAAAAUAAUCAAUGCUUUUUGGUGCUUUUUGCCAACCAUAGCCGGGGAUGGCAGAAGGUUCAGUGUUGCCUGCCUGCUGUUCUUAAUGUAUAGUAGUAGUUUAUAUUGUACAUGGCAGAACUUUAUAAGACAACCCACUGGUUAGUGAGGUUUGAGACAUGAAUGUCUUACCAGAGCUCAUGAAUUCCUUCUUCUCCCCCUAUAGGUAUGGAAGGUCAAAAAGGUUUCUAAAAUACAGCUACAGUGGAGAACCUCUAGGUCUAUAGUUCAUGUAAGUAUUUAAAAAUGUAUAUAAAUGGUUUAUUCAUAAUGGUUUAUUCACGUUGCAUUCAUGGAGGGCCAAUGAGUGUAUGUUGGUUUUAAUUAAGAAUCUGUUAUAGAAAAAAUAUAUCGAAUUAAAUUGAUCUUUAGCGUAAAAAACAGUUGUGUAAACUCUGAAUUAUUUCCUUUAUUCCUUGAAACUGGUUGUCUUCAGGUUGGUAAAUUUGAUGAAUCAGAGAGAAAGACUACACAACAUGACACACAGGUAAGUGCAGAAUUAGUUGUAUGUUUGGUUCCUCUUAACACUAAUACAAUAAAUCAAGCAGACAAGUAUUUUCUAAUGCAGCGCUCCCUUUUCUAGGCAAUGAAAUGCCUGUCUUAUUUAGUGUACCCUCUGUCUAUUAGUGGAUCCAUAUUCUCUCUGGUAUACCUGAGGUAUAAAAGGUAAGACAAUUCUGGAAUUUAAUUGUAUUUAAAAUAUAAAUAAAUAGGUUUGAGGACAUUGAUCAUCAACGUAUCUAAUAUUCACAUGUAUUUUGACAGCUACUAUUCAUGGUUAAUCAACAGCCUUGUCAGUGGUAAGUUUACACAUACUCUAUCAAGCCUCCUUGGGGGUUAUGUUUUGAAUAUAAUAUCAAUUGAUUACACAAAUACAUAUUUUAUAUAGAUCUUUAACACUAGCCUGGUCAAGCAGACUGAACGCUGCACUCACUAUUUGUUUCACUGUGAAGUGAAACAGAAUGUGAGCUAUCGAGAUAUCAGGCUGGUUUCACAAGGCUACUUUUUCACAGCCAAUGUUUUUUAUUAGCAGCUACAGAUGUAGGAUCUUAAUUUGAUCACUAUUUUGUUGCUGAGAAUUUUCCUACACCGUACGAAAUGCAGAUAAGCUUCAUGAUUUACAUAAAUUCACUGAAAACCCUCACUAACACACGGUUAUAUUAACAUUAUUGCACUUUUGAUGUAGCCUACCUUUGGCCAGCUAAUAGCCUAACCACCGAUCAAGCAACAUGGACUAAACGUUCAAAUCCUGUUGCUGCAGGAUUAUUUUGCUGUGACAAUAUAGGUCAAAUUAAGAUCCUACAUUUGUAUUAGUGGGUAAUAUCAAUAUUUCCAACUGAAACUGGGCUUCCUCCUGCAGGGAUUUAUGCUUUUGGAUUCCUCUCUAUGGCUCCUCAGCUGUUCAUUAACUUCAAGGUUUGUCCUACUUGAAAUUUAGAGCAUAAUGGGCCCUGAGUAAAAUGUUAUAUUUUGACACAAUUCUUCAAAUUUUCUUUCUUCUUCAGUUGAAGUCCGUGGGCCAUUUGCAAUGGAACGUAUUGAUGUAUAAA